ACUGCCAAGUAAAUAAACCAUUUGAGUUUUAAAGCUCUGAAUACUGCCAACGAAUUUAACAAACCUCAGUUUAAUUUCCUUUACCAACAUGUGCCAUGGAGAAUUGUUUGGGUGGCAGCAGACGCAUUCACAAAGCACAAAAAGAAUUGCAACAAUUAAAAGUCAAGCAGCAUCAGCAUCAACAGCAACACAUAACAACAAAUCAAAAUUUUUACAUACAACAACAACCACAAAUUCAUCGUCAAGCGCCAACAAAACGCGAACAAUCAUACACUCAAGAGCAGCAACUGCUGCAAAUCCAACAGCAACAACAACUACAACAACAACUACAACAACAACAGCAACAUCAACAACAACAGCAGCAGCAGCAGAGUCAGCAUGUAGAGCAAGAGCAAAAAUUCACUACACCACCAAUGUCGACAACACCUAAAUUUACCGCCGAUUGUUUGCAUUUUCCGCCGCCACCGAAUUAUCCACCACCGCCAAAAACACCGACAAACACGAAAACAAUGUCCAACGUGAAUGUUACAAAAACAACAGCAACAACAACGGCAACGGCAAUAACAAAAGCUAAUGUUAAUGCAACCUUGCAUCACCAUCAUCAUCAUCAACAACAGCAACAACAGCAACAACAGCAACAACAGCAACAACAGCUACAACAGCUACAGCAGCUACAACAACAUCAGCAGCUCCACCACCAGCACCAACAACAACAACACAAUCAACAAGAAGUGCAAUUGCAAAUGCAACAGCAAAGACUGCAUGCUGCUGCUCCCGCAAUAAUAAGUGGAACAAAUGCAGUUGCUGGUCUUGUGCAACAACAUCAAAUGUCGGCAUUGCAUAUUGACAGCACAAUAGAAGCUGCCACAGUUGCCGUAAAUCACUCAUCCUCAUCGACAUCACCUUCAUCAUCAUCAGCGACAAGUGGCACAACCAUUGGUAUCAGUCCAUGCGGACGCCGACAUAUAUUGCCACGGUAUCCUGACCCUGAUCCAGAUGCGAUUGAAAUAUGCAACGAACAGGAGCCCAUCAACGUGAGGGUAACAAGAAAUAGUAAGACCUUAGGUCAUACGCAUCAACGCGUCGACAUGCAGGACAACAAAUGGUCAGCAAUGCAACAGACCACAAGUAUGCAAUUGCUGCAGCAACAUGCACACGCACACACACAUGCACACACGCAACAUGAUUACUCAUAUGCAUAUUAUGAACCGGGUGCGGCGAUGCGGCACUCCAAUAUACCACCACCCGAACAAGUGGCUACACAGUCCGCACUGCGUGUACCACCGCCGCCAAACUCAAUCCGUGCGUUGCUAUCGAAAGGAAAGAAAAAUAAAUUACUUGUGUCGCCUGCAACGCGGCAGUCAUACCAAACGAGACUUGGCGCAGCGCUCAACACAAAUGGCGCAAGUAAUUGCAAUGCUGUAAACGGUAACUCAGGUGGCAUACAAGGCGAAAACUUUUACGAGGAAAUCUCAUCAAAUGAAGCGCGACAACAAUUGCGUUCAACAGCAACUUCACACUCGGCAGGUUCAUUAAAUCAAUCGUUGGUAGAGGAGGAGUUCAGACGUGUGCAAAACAGACAUCACAAAAUAUUAGGUGAACUAAAUUUAUCGGUAGAAGCUAUGCUCAUGCCAGAGAGUCCACCCAACAACAGUCCGACAACACGUGAAGCGCCCACUGUUAGCGUAACAGCAACGUCUGGUCAGCCUGCAAUUAGUGCUGCUGCUAUGGGAUUGCGUUUGUCAUCCACUUCAGCGGAUAAUAUCUGUGAUAGCAAUCUGUCAGAGGUAUUAAACACAGUGGGUCCCACCGAUGACCUGCUAUCGCCCAUACAAGCUACGGCAAAUGCUGCCUUUUGUGGCGACCUCGACAGUGGUUUCAGUGGCAGCUCUGGCGCCAGUUAUAUUGGUAGUCUGCGUUUGCACAAGACUAAUGCAGCACUUUCGCACUUAAUGAGCACACGACAAGCAGCACAAGAUGCCAUGGUUACGGCAAUGCCGCCCUCGGCUUCCUGUUUGUUCAACUACUCAAUGCAUAAUAACAAAACAUUUCAACGUGCCACAAAACAAAACAUACAUGACGAUGACUCCACGUCGGGAUUUCUGACUCGCGCUUCUUGUGGUCGUCGCAUACUUAACUGCGCUAAAAUACGUGCUGCCGAAGAUCCUGGACCUGUGGUGCCAACAGAGUCUAAAGCGCGUAGCUUUUGGAACCGCAAGGGUUGGCGUAAGUUACCGGGGUUUUCGUCCACUUCAAGCAUAAAUGACGCUGGAUUAACAGGUAAGUGA